AUGAUGUUCCCUAGUGCACUUGCGGCUCCCGAUAUGUACCCCAGACUACUUCGACACCCGGCGGCUCAUUCUCUGCCCCAGUCCUUUCAUUCGGCGUUCGCCGCUCACUCAAGCUUUUUGGUGGAGGACCUGUUGCGGAUCAGCCGGCCAGUGAGCUACUUGCACCGGACGAUUCCGUCACCCAGCGUGUCUCCCACGGGAUCAGGAGCCACCACGCUGACCUGCAGGCACCACACUGACCAAGCUGUCAUCACCACUCCAACACAGACAACAACGGGUUCUCCUCAGACCUCACUCUCCAUCAACAACGACCCUAACUAUUUGAAGUUUGGAGUUAAUGCCAUCCUAGCACCAGAAACGAGAAACGGUAAGAUUAUUGGGAAUAUAUAGGCUACUGAAAACGUAAUUAUUUUGCAUUUACAAACAGGACACCUGUUACGCAUUAUGAGGCUGUGUCACACUACUUUAGGCGUAUGUGAUUUGACAAAACGAAAUGACAGUCAAUUAAUUUAAUGUUUUCUUUCAUUUUGAAUCACAGCAUCGUCUACACCUUCAAUGCAUCAUGCCAUGCACGGGAAAACCUUCCCUCUGCCAUAUUUUGACGGAUCGUUUCAUCCCUUCCUCAGAGCAUCAUAUUUUCCAGGUAAAUCCACUUAAACCUAUGUCAUGCCCCAUGUAUUCAACUGAUGUUGCGCCUUAAAACAAUCUGCCAUUCGCUAGUUCAAUCUAGAGGAAAUACAACCGUUAGUUCAGAGGUUGGAAGCCGUAGAACAUCGUGGAAUCAGUCUCGCCAAUUUGAUGCCCUAUUUAGCAGAGGCAGGGACUGCUGACAUUUUGCACCGGUUCCCCUAAUCUACAAAUUAGCCGCGAUUGUCAUGGUCUAAAUUUGAGGCGGAUCCCCUCUCACAAGGAAGCUGCUGGCGUCUCUUCAUUGCUUCUCUUUCCCACCGAGCCAGUGCACUUAGUUACUGAUAACUCACAAUGCUUUCAGCACCAUGACCAAUUGGUCAGCUCCCUCCGGGCAGCCACACACAUGCUGCUGAUAGGCAUUUACCAGUCAUGGACUAAUUCCCCAUUAGGGGCUAUUCAUUAUUUCAAUAUUCUCACAAGACCACAUAGAGGGUUAUGCAUGUUUAUAGAUCGUGCUGAUGUGAGAAAUCUAAAGUUAGCUAACAAUAGAUAGCACAGCAGCCUGGAGUCGUGCAAUUAAAAUCUAAUGAUACAAUGCUAUCUAUCUGUUAUACAGUAUAUUUCAAGAUUAAGAAUAUAGGAUUAUUAUUUCCCGCAGUUAUGGUGAAUUCACACACAAUUUGUCUUUCGAAUAGCCAACAAUAAAGCCGAUAAGAAUAAUCUAAAAUGGAUAAGGUGCAGAUCUGGAUUUAGAGACCGCUUCUUUUGAGAGCAACAAAACAACUUCAGCCUCAUAGCUUUUCGUAUUUAAUGAAAAUGAUCUGUGGCAAAAAUAGGGCCCAGCCAUCAGUAUUCUCCAAAUGAUCUUGGCAUGCAGUUGUGAUUAGUUUGAAAGUGUAGAUCUCUUUUGUUGCAGUAAUAUAUGGCUUUAGCCGCCUGUCCUAAGCCUUUUUUCAGUUAGUUCAUUACUACACAAUUACCGUUCACGCUUCAUUAGCUACUCUAUCUUUCAUUGGUGCUUUCGAAAGGGAUACUCUGCCUUUUUACCAUACCAAUGCUAUAAGGGACCAAGCAAUGUGCUAAUUAGCUGCUUCGUGCCAACUCACUCAAACGGACUGCAUUUCGGAACUUAAAGAGAGACUUUGCUUUAAACUACGAAAUCAUGAUCUUAUAUGCACAUUUAACCCCUCCACCCACUCGCUGAAAACAGGCCAGGCUAGCCUCCUUUCACAUUCACUUAGCCUAUGUGUGCGUUUUCUUGCCUGACAUGAUGCAACGCUAAUGAUAUGUUGUUUGAAAAAAUAUUUUAGCAUCGUCUUCAGUGGUUCCUAUCCCUGGUACCUUUUCAUGGCCGCUGGCUGCAAGAGGAAAGCCCAGGAGGGGGAUGCUCCGACGGGCAGUGUUCUCUGAUGUCCAGCGCAAAGCUCUGGAGAAAAUGUUUCAGAAACAGAAAUACAUCAGCAAACCAGACAGAAAGAAGCUGGCUGCAAAACUUGGGCUAAAAGACUCACAGGUAAAAAAUUAAAAGUGAAUAGACAUUUAGGCCCACAUCAAUAUAAAACAUAAUCUUAAUAUAGGCUAGGCCUAUUUUGGAAUUAUUACUGGUAUGUCAUAAUAUUGUUAUUACAAUCAACCAUUAGGCCUAUUAGAUGGCCUAAUAAUAUUUAAUGUAUUUUUCAAGGUGAAAAUAUGGUUCCAAAACCGAAGAAUGAAAUGGCGCAACUCCAAAGAGAGGGAGUUGUUGUCGUCCGGAGGUUGCCGGGAACAAACUCUUCCAACUAAAAUGAACCCCCACCCGGACCUCAGUGACGUCGGGAAGAAGUCCUGCGAGGAGGAGGUGGAUGCGUUCAGGCCGGACAGCCCGCGCUCAGCCUUCUGCCACUCUCCAUCAGAGCGCGAACUUUUGAACAGUGUGGAGUCGCACCUCUCUUCGCCUUGCAACUCCAGCAAGCACUCUGACUUCUCAGAAUCAGAGGACGAAGAGAUUACAGUGUCUUAG